CGCCAUCUCCAGUUUUGUCUGCUUCUUCAUCUUCCCGCGUCAUAAAGAAUUCUCAGACAAAAAACACCGUCUUGUUUCAUAUUUAUCCGGAUACGAAACACAAUUAGCAUAUGUUUUUAUCAUCAAUGGGUUUUCGGUUGAUCAAAGUUCUAAAUCUGGAACGCGGCUCUAGAGAGUUUAACCCUAAUUUUUCGAGGAUACGUGUGAAACACCACUCGGCAGAGCCUUUUUCACUUUAAAGUUUUGGCAUGAAGAAUUGCAAAGCAAACUGCAUUAUUAGUUACUACAUAUAGAUGGUUCCUCAAAUAGAGUGACAAAUGGUACUCAGGAGGUCGCACUUGAAGAGGGUAUCAGCCGUGGACAUUUGAGGAUGGCUGUUAUGGAGAAGGAUGAUGAGGAUGCGAUUUGCAGAAGAACUAGAGCAAGGUAUUCACUUGCUGGCUUUACACUUGAUGAACUAGAGACAUUCCUUCAGGAAACAGAUGACGAGGAUGAUGUUCAGAAUGUUGAUGAUGAAGAAGAGUACAAAAAAUUUCUAGCUGCAGUGUUACAGGGUGUAGAGGGAAACUCAGCAAAUGCGCAAGACCAUGAGAAUGUGGAUGAUGAAGACGAAGACAAUGAUGCUGAUUUUGAGCUUGAAAUCGAAGAGGCAUUAGAGAGUGACCUUGAUGAAAACCUGAAGGACGAUAUUGGGGAGGGUAAGGCUAUUGAGCAGCGGCCAAAGACUAGGCUUAGUAGGCGCCAAAAAUAUUCUGUUGAGCAUAAGAAGGCUUCUGGAGAAUCAACUAGGCAAUUGCGCCCUCUUUUGCCAUACUCACCCAUUGCUAUGUACUCUGCAUUUACAGGGAAAGGUUGGGUGCCCAGGGCCGCACCAAUCUGUAUCAGCUCUCCCAAUGGACUUAUAAAUGGAUUUACUCCGUAUCAGAUAGGACAGCUUCACUCCUUAAUACAUGAGCAUGUUCAACUUCUUAUCCAGACAUUUUCUCUUUGUGUUCUUGACCCUGUAAAACAAUACAUUGCUCCUGAUGUUCAUAAAUUGAUAUCUGAAUUACUAUGUAAGCGAGAUCAAAUGUUAGCACAGGGAAGGGCACCAUACCCCCAAGUGUGCUUCAUACCAAAACAUAUUCAUUCAUCAAUGGAUGGUAGUGCUCCUGAUAUUUUGCCAAGGCGUAAUAUCAAUGGAUUGUCUUCAGCCUCUGAUAUGCAGGGAGAUUGCUCUGCUGCAUUAAAUGGGGUUCAGCCUUCUAAUUGUACAUCUCCUUCAACAGGACGGUUAGUGUAUGCCUCAACCGAGCAGGAUGAAUGCUUGCGAUCUGCCGAAGGCUCCUCCUGGAUGCCUUACGUUGGUGAUAAAACAGUUACUGUUCUUGAUGUGGCUCCUCUCAAGUUGGUUAGAAAAUUCCUAGAUGAUGUGUCCGUUGCACAAGAAUGCCAGAGGCGACAACUAGGAGCUACUUGUGAUGUUUCUGCUGAAAAAGUUCCCCUCUUUCCUGCGUGUGACACUCAGCUGUCUGCUGAAGCAGACCAUCCUGCUCUGCUACCUUCACCCAUAUCUAAAAAGACACUGGCUGCUUCACUAGUUGAAAGGGCAAAAAAACAAUCAAUUGCACUUGUUCCGAAGGAGAUUGCUAAGUUGGCCAAGCAAUUCUAUCCGUUAUUUAAUCCGGUCCUGUAUCCUCAUAAGCCACCUCCAGCAGCUGUGGUGAAUCGGGUACUCUUCACAGAUGCUGAGGAUAAAUUGUUGGCUUUGGGAGUCAGGGAGUACAAUACAGACUGGAAGGCUAUUCAACAGCAAUUUCUCCCUUGCAAAUCUAAGCAUCAGAUUUUUGUCAGGCAGAAGAACCGUUCAUCAUCUAAAGCCCCUGAAAAUCCAAUAAAGGCUGCCCGGAGAUUAAAGAAUUCCCCAUUGACUUCAGAAGAGAUUGCGCGGAUUGAGGAAGGUUUGAGAGUAUUUAAACUUGACUGGAUGUCAGUGUGGAAGUUUUUUGUUCCGUAUAGAGAUCCUUCUUUACUACCUCGGCAAUGGCGUAUUGCUACUGGAACUCAGAAGUCAUAUAGAUCAAAUGCAGAUAAAAAGGAACGGCGGCGUCUAUAUGAAUCACAAAAAAGAAAGUGCAAGGCUGCAGCUUUGGAAAAUUUGCACCCAUCAUCUGAAAAACUGGACACUGGCUCUGCUGAUAAUUUUGGAGAAAAGUACAGUGCGGAUGAUUGUACUGAUAAAGAUGGUGAAGCUUAUGUCCAUGAGGCAUUUUUGGCAGAUUCGAGGGCUGGUCUUCCAAUCAUCUCAUCAGAAGCCCCUCUUCCUGAUAUAGUGGAUGAAAGUUGCCCUCAUCCACCAAAAGUGGAUGGUUCUCGAGUUGGAGAGAAAAUAAACGAACUUGGCUGUAGUGACCAUCAACCCCAAAUCAACAGCUCAUCCCGCACUGAGGUGCUGUAUAUGCGACCAUAUCGAGCUCGAAAAAGUAGUACCACUCGCAUGGUAAAAUUAUCCCCAGGGCUUCCUCCUGUUAGUCUUCCACCUACUGCUCGCGUUAUGUCAUGCUCGGCAUUAAAAACCAACCAAAGUGUUUUAGCACAAACAAGGUUUUCUUCUGCGGCUAAAGUUGCUAAUUCUACAAAAGAAGUCCUUAAUAACACCACUGAAAGCGGUAGUACAAAUCACAAGGAGUCUGAAGUCCUCAGGGAUAGAUGUGUGGCUGAAGAAAAGGCCUGUCCAGAUCUUCAGAUGCAUCCGCUGCUUUUUCGGGCUCCCGAAGACUGUAAUUUACUGCAUCAAGGAAAUUCUGGCCCUGAUGCAAAUAGUUCAUUCACUCUUUUUCCAGGCAGCCCACCCCAGCUAAACCUAAGUCUAUAUCGCCAUACAAACCAUGCUCUCAAUGUUUUAAACAAGGCUUUGAAGCCUAAUGGUAAAGCUUCUACAUCAUCUGGUCUAUGCUUUCAUCCACUUCUUCAGAGAACCACUGAUGAAAAUUCUGUUGCCCAACCCUCUGCUAGUUCAGAUUUACCAAGGGAAAUGUUUACUCAACCUAUUCCAAAUUAUAGUGAACGAACUGAGAUUGAGAUGCACCCGACUCUUAUGCCAAGAAAAGAGAAAGCUUUAGAAAAACGUGUUUCAAGAUCNCCCACCCCAGCUAAACCUAAGUCUAUAUCGCCAUACAAACCAUGCUCUCAAUGUUUUAAACAAGGCUUUGAAGCCUAAUGGUAAAGCUUCUACAUCAUCUGGUCUAUGCUUUCAUCCACUUCUUCAGAGAACCACUGAUGAAAAUUCUGUUGCCCAACCCUCUGCUAGUUCAGAUUUACCAAGGGAAAUGUUUACUCAACCUAUUCCAAAUUAUAGUGAACGAACUGAGAUUGAGAUGCACCCGACUCUUAUGCCAAGAAAAGAGAAAGCUUUAGAAAAACGUGUUUCAAGAUCAUCACAAAUUAUUUCCGAUUCUGAGCUGAUGUCUCAAAGUACAUUUAAGAGACCUAGUACUGAUAUUGAUCCAAGUGCUCAAGCAAUGGUCACAUCCAAUGAAACUGAUAUGGUAAACAAUGCUGAUGACAUAUCAGCCCAGUCUCUUCAAGGAAUUGUGAUGGAACAGGAAGAGCUGAGUGACUCAGAGGAGGAAGAAGAAAAUGUGGAGUUCGAAUGUGAGGAGAUGACCGAUUCAGAAGGAGAGGAAGAGAUUCUUCCGUCUGUGCAGAUGAAUGAUGAACAAAUUGAGGAGACAGGUAGAGCUGCUAGUGAUGAAGGGUCAGAUGAACAUGUACCACCAGUUACACAGGGCAUUCCGGAAGAAAAUUCUUGUAGCCCCUCUGAAGACACCAUCACAACAUGGCUAGGGCCUUGCUCCUCAUCUCUGAAUACAAAUUCAUUUCCCCCUGUUUCACGACGAGCAAAUCCCAAGGUUACCACCAGGCAAAAGAUGGCUGGUUCCAAACGAUCAGGGCUGAAUGCUGAAAUGGAGAAGCCUGCUUCAGGAAACGAGCAGGAAGAGUUUAGUUUGGGUGACUUUGUUUCCUCACUCAAAAACUCAAGAAAACGUACACGUAACUCGGGUUCUAAGACCAAUGUGGGACGGUCUGGGAAAGGAAUGAUGCCAAGUUUGAAUUCAGACAUGGGCAUAGAAAGCUCAAAGAAAGCAAAUGAAGUUGAAAUCAGUUGAUCCUAUGAAAAAGCUCUCUUCUCUACUGAGCUUACUCUUUGGUCAUAUGUUCAUUCUCAAUGCCACCAUGUUUUUUACACGACAUUGAGGAUAAAAUGUGCUCUCUCUCUCUCAGGUUAGCCUAGACAAAGCCAUGGUUUUUGCAGUGAAUGGCUGACACUCUCCUCCAGGGAGUUCAAGGCAGGUUUGAGGUAAGGACUUCAGAAGCAUGAGCAAAAGCUAUGGUCUUUUUCGUGAAUAUGCAGGCCUCAUAUGACCUGGGCCUGGGCCUGGCCCAACGGGACACAUUCCGUUCAUUUGUUGCCUGUUGAUUAGAUAUAAAAUGGUGGCAGCAAGACCUUAUGAAAACAGUGCACGAGAAAAACGAGCUUUUGUUUAACAAAAUCAAGAAAGGUCAUGUGAAUUGUUUUAGGGCAUUAAUUGAGAAUUGUAUGUAUCUUGUGUAUAAAAUGGAAAAAGAUCCUACUAUUUUUUUCUUUUAAAUUUGAGCAGCAGUGUUUAGUGCAUUAGGAGAGUACAUAUAUUAUGUCAUUUUUAUGUUGUACCAACUUUUUAAUGUCUGUUCCACCAUGUUUUAAAAAAUCACGCAUACCAAAUACACACCCACCUUAGAUUUAUAUAUGUGUGAGGAUUGUAUUGGAAAAAUAUAUAGGUGUAUUUGAU